UUGUAGAUAGCCAGAAAUCUGUCUUGUGUUCAUUGAAUGUACAUAUUAUGUUUUCGUUCUCCCCUUUCUUUAAUUUUGUCGUCCUUAACCAACUACCAUUUGACAAUUAUUACCAACUCUUUCCCUACGAUAUCAGCAGUCCACGCAGAAACUCUGCUCGGAUCGAAUCUCAUCGUAACGAAUACAGGGUGCUAGACAUAAGGAUUUU